AAGAUCCCUUUCCCUGGCAAUGAGAAAAUUUCUUCCCUGAUACCAGCAAACCACCGCCAGGCUUUGUGUGGUUAUCAGGAGUCAUUGGUCAGCAAUUCAUCAAGACUCUCUGAGGUUUUGCAAGACUCGUUGCAGUCAACCCAUCGGACUUUUUUGACGCUAAGAUCCCUGCACUCGAGGAAGAGAAGGAGGACAUCAAUUGCAUCAAAGAGGAUCUCGAUGAUUUUGCGUCUCCAGGGCUACUCAGCAGCAGAUAUUGGUCCUGCUCUGAGUAAGUUCCGAGCAGCGUCGCAGACCCUCGAUGUCAUCAAGCGCCAACGGACGUUGAUCGAGGAAGACUUAGAAAUGAAGGUCGGGCGCAGAAGGACCACUGCAAUUCAGAUUAUGGACUUGUUGAGAGAACAUACAUGGGUUCGAUUAUCCCACUCCUUGGGCAAAGCAGAAGUGUCCCAUAUUUUCGGACUUCAGGACGGUGUGCUCUCUGACCCACGCAAUGGCAAGAAUACCCUUUUCGGUUGA